AUGAGUGAGGACAAAAAGCCACAAAAUUUUUCUUAUGUGCCAAAAAUCAUGAAUGGAGGACUUGCGGGUAUCAUCGGAGUGUCGUGUGUCUUUCCGAUCGACUUGGUUAAAACUCGGUUACAAAACCAGACAGUAGGAGCUGAUGGAAAACUUCAAUAUACAGGAAUUGCUGACUGUGCGAAACAAACAUGGAGAGCCGGCGGAGCAUCAAGCUUCGCAAAAUUCAAAGGGAUGUACAGUGGCUCGGGAGUCAACAUCCUUUUAAUCACUCCAGAAAAAGCUAUCAAACUGGUCGCCAACGACUUCUUCCGGCAUAAACUUGCCAAAGAAGGAGAGAAACAGUUGCCAGUAGGGCGAGGAAUGUUGGCAGGAGGAUUGGCUGGGAUGUUCCAAAUCUCUGUGACCACACCAAUGGAGUUGUUGAAGAUUCAAAUGCAAGAUCAAGGCAGAACUCUGCAACCGGGCCAGAAGAAGUUAUCAGCCACUGAAUUGACAAUGAAAUUGGUGAAGGAAAACGGGAUCGCCGGAUUAUACAAAGGACUCAGCUCAACACUGGCUCGUGAUGUCACAUUCUCCGUUAUAUACUUCCCAUUAUUCGCUUAUCUCGAUUCAUUGGCUCCAAGAAAGUCCGACGGAAGUGGAGAUGCAGUUUUCUAUGGGUCAUUUUUAGCUGGACUCACUUCUGGAGCUGCUUCAUCUUUCUGUGUGACUCCAUUGGAUGUUAUCAAGACCAGAAUGCAAACAAUCAACAAGGGUGCCAAUGAAGUUGUCUACAAGAAUAUCCCAGAUGCAUUUGUCACAAUUCUCAAAAACGAAGGACCAAAAGCUCUAUUCAAGGGUGCCGCUUGCCGUAUGAUGGUGAUGGCUCCACUCUUCGGUAUUGCUCAGACUGUGUACUACAUUGGAGUUGCGGAGAAGAUAUUGGGAAUCCAAAAAGCCGCUCAUGUUUAG